CGACUCCACAAUGACGACCAACCGAAUGCACAAAGUGUUCCUGUACAGCUUGGCCAUCUCGCUGAUAGCCAUCUUUAUCACGCUGGCUAGCAAAGUAUUCCCAAUCGCGAACCUGCCGAUGAGUACGAACAUUAUUAUCGUUGGCACUUGUUUGGCAAACUUUGCCUCCGUCAUCGCACUGAUCGUGGGCAUCGUAACGCGGCGACCGCGC